UUGCAACGGCACAUCCGCUAUUUCACAUCACUUCCGCCAGGUCUUGUCGAGCACUCUGACGUUGGGUGCGUCUUUGCCUAUUUGCCAUUUUAUUUAUUGGGUCCUUUUGAUUAAGUUCACGUUGAUGGCACACAACAUGGACUCAAAAUCGCAGUUCAUUAUAAUCUCGUCUCAGUACAUUUGAAGCUUCUCAAGCUAGCUCAGCUCGCUAGCUGCUAACAAAGAGACGCGGAAGUUAGCAAGACAUGCUAAGCGUUAUUGUGUGAAAAUGUGUUCUGAGGCAAAGUUAUGAGCACUAAACUACUAAGCGGCGAGCUGCUGCCGUUGGAAAAAUAUUUGUAGUGCUGGAAAGAACCACAAUAAAGCGCGAGGACGAACUUUGUCAAACAAAAGAGAAGAACGACGACGGCAAGCCUCAAAUGGAGUCACAAAGAGAUGUCCGUGGAGAUCUUCCCUCUGAGCAGCAAGAGUGGAGCUCCAGGUGGGAGCAAGAGGAGCCAGAGCCCCUGAACAUUAAAGAGGAGGCGGAGCAGCCACAGGCCCCCUGCAUUAAAGAGGAGGAGCCACAGCACACCCACAUUAAGGAAGAGGAGGAGGAGCACAGCAUCAGCAUCAGCAAGUUUCCUGUGAUUGUUAAGGGUGAAGAUGAUGAAGGUGAAGGUCAGCGGUCACAGCUUGAUCACGGUCCAAGGGACGACAAGAGAGUACCGGAGUCAGACAGCCUCUUAGCUCCGCUGUCAGAUAGCGAUGACAUGACGUCUCAGUCUCCUGACACUGAUGAUGAAGACUCGAAAGCUGACAUGACGUGUCGUGCUGACAGCAAACGCUUGAAACGCUCGCACACGAGACAAAAAACAUUCAGCUGCUCGUUUUGCCGUAAAGCAUUUCUUCGAAAGGCACAUUUGCUGGCUCACACAAGAACACACACUGGUGAGAAACCAUUCUGCUGCCCGCUUUGUGGCAAACCGUUCUCCGAAAGAGCACAUUUGAUGGCACACACAAGAACCCACACAGGAGAAAAGCCCUUCUCCUGUUCCUUCUGUGAUAAAAGAUUCUCCACAAAGGGGCAGUUGAUCUCACACACCAGGACGCACACUGGAGAGAAACCCUUCUCCUGCUCCGUCUGCAGCACGGACUUCAGCGAUAGCUCGGCGUUGGCUCGGCACACGAGAACGCACACGGACAUCAGUGAAGAAGAUCUUGCCCUCGAGCAGCAGGAGUGGGGCUCCAGGGUGGCGAAGGAGGAGCCACAGCCCCCCCACACUAAAGAGGUAGAGGAGGAGCAAGUGUGGACUCGGGAGGAGGCCGACAUCAGCAGGGUUCCAGCGACUUGUGUGAUUGUGAAGCGUGAAGAUGAUGGACUCUCUCGAGGUGAUGUGGCCGCUCUUCGUGACAACAAACACUUGGGAUGUUCCCAGUGUGACAAAACGUUUGGUGACAAGAGACAUUUGAAAAGGCACAUGAGAUGUCACACGGAGGAAAAACCCUUCAGCUGCUCUUUUUGCGAUAAAAGAUUUCCUCGAAAUGAACAUUUGAUAUCACACACGAGAAUACACACUGGGGAGAAACCGUUUUCGUGUUCCGUCUGUGCACAAACGUUCUCGCAUAAAUCCAAUUUGACAACACACAUGCGAAGGCACACGGGAGAAAAACCUUUUUCCUGUUCAGUUUGCAGUGAAAGAUUCUCGCGAAAAAUCAGCCUGGCGAUACACACAAAAACACACACUGGGGAGAAACCCUUCAGUUGCUCGUAUUGUGCAAAAAUGUUCUCUUUAAAGGAACAUUUGGUCACGCACACACGAACGCACACGGGAGAAAAACCAUUUUCCUGCUCGGUCUGCAAAAUGAGUUUUAGUGACCGUUCGGCGUUGACUCGACACACACGCACACACACCGGAGAGAAGCCUUAUUCCUGCUCAGUGUGCGGUAAGAAGUUCUCUCUGAAGGCGUAUUUGGUGGAGCACACGGGGACGCACACGGGAGAGAAACCUUUUUCAUGCUCAGUCUGCAAUACGAGUUUCAGUUUCCGUUCGGCGUUGGUUCGACACGCGAGGACGCACACCGGUGAGAAACCAUUCGGUUGCAAGGAGUGUGAUCAAAAGUUCUCUGAUAAGAAGCGGCUCAACAAACACGCGUGUGCUGGUGGGCGGAGCAUCAGCACAUGAAAUCACGUUUACUGUAGUUGAUGUGAGCACAACAUGCACGAGGACGUAUCUUCAUGUACUUAACAUGUCAACACUGGCAUAACACAGCCUGUUGUCAUGGUAACCUGAAAGCUAGUAAUGGAGCCUCUCUUGGAUGCAAACGUUCCCGUAUGGUGUGCUCUGUUCCCAAUAGUUCCCAAUACUGGCUUCCCCCAAGCAGAGGAGGCUUUACCAAGUCAUUUAUAUGUCAGGUCCUUCUGCUGAACAUGAUGACCUACCUACCUAAAUGAAAUAAACGGCAGCUUCUGAUUUGUUUCUGGAAUGGCGACCACCAUGCUGGACCAUGUGUUAGCUCCAGAGCCUCCUUCCAUCCACUCAUCCUCACCAGGGUCGCGGGUAUGCUGGAGCCUAUCCCAGCUGUCUUUGGGCGAGAUGCUGAAUUGUGACGCACAUAAAAAAUGUUUAUUUUUUGACACUAAUAA